CCGGCGCUCGGGACUUGGGCUGAGCGGUCCUCGCCGAGCGCGCCGGGGACAGCCACGCCGCAGCCGCCGGCCCAGGAGAAACUUGGCACAGAGGUGCGGGGAAGCGAGACUCUCAUUGUGCCUGUAAAGGCUGAGCGGGGAUGUGCACACACACGUAAGACACCGAAGCCUCGCGUGCAGAGGUCCAACCCAGCCACAGUAAUGGCCACGGCCUUACCGAGGACCCUGGGCGAGUUGCAGCUGUACAGAAUCUUGCAAAAAGCCAAUCUGCUGUCUUACUUUGAUGCCUUUAUCCAGCAAGGUGGUGAUGAUGUCCAGCAACUGUGCGAAGCUGGAGAAGAGGAAUUUUUGGAAAUCAUGGCUCUUGUGGGCAUGGCUAGCAAGCCCCUUCAUGUUCGAAGGUUGCAGAAGGCCUUGAGAGACUGGGUUACAAACCCUGGCCUUUUCAAUCAGCCGCUGACUUCCCUUCCUGUGAGUAGCAUACCCAUCUAUAAGUUACCGGAGGGAUCACCGACGUGGCUGGGGAUAUCUUGCAGUAGCUAUGAGAGGAACAGCAGUGCCCGGGAGCCUCAUCUCAAAAUCCCCAAAUGUGCUGCCACCACGUGUGUGCAGAGCCUGGGACAGGGGAAGUCAGACCUGGUGGGGAGCUUGGCGCUGCAGAGUGUGGCGGAGUCCAGGCUGUGGCAAGGACACCACGCCACCGAGAGCGAGCACAGCCUGUCCCCGGCGGACCUGGGCUCGCCCGCCUCCCCGAAGGAGAGCAGCGAGGCGCUGGACGCGGCCGCCGCCCUCUCGGUGGCCGAGUGCGUGGAGCGGAUGGCCCCCACGCUGCCCAAAAGCGACUUGAACGAAGUCAGAGAACUGCUGAAGAACAACAAGAAGCUGGCCAAAAUGAUCGGUCACAUCUUCGAGAUGAGCGACGAGGAUCCCCAUAAGGAGGAGGAGAUUCGAAAAUACAGCGCCAUCUACGGCAGGUUUGACUCCAAGAGGAAGGACGGGAAGCACCUGACUCUUCACGAGCUCACUGUUAACGAGGCAGCUGCUCAACUCUGUGUGAAGGAUAAUGCCCUGCUGACAAGAAGAGAUGAACUUUUUGCCCUAGCAAGGCAGAUUUCUCGAGAAGUCACCUAUAAGUAUACCUACAGAACUACCAAGUCAAAGUGUGGUGAAAGAGAUGAAUUAUCUCCAAAAAGGAUUAAAGUAGAGGAUGGCUUUCCAGAUUUCCAGGACUCUGUGCAGACUCUGUUCCAGCAGGCCAGGGCGAAGAGCGAGGAACUGGCAGCUCUGAGUUCACAGCCUGCAAAGGUGAUGGCGAAACAGAUGGAGUUCCUGUGCACCCAGGCUGGCUAUGAGAGACUGCAGCAUGCAGAGAGGAGGCUGGCGGUCGGGCUGUGCAGGCAGAGCUCCGAAGAGCACAGCCCCAACGGCCGGCCUUCCGAAGGCUCCGACGGACAAGGAGAAAGACCUUUGAAUCUUCGAAUGCCUGGUUCACAAAACAGACCACCUCAUCACUUUGUGGUGGAUGGGGAGCUGAGCAGACUAUACUCCAGUGAGGCCAGAUCCCACUCAUCAGAAAGCCUUGGGAUUUUAAAAGACUACCCCCACUCAGCUUUUACCCUGGAAAAGAAAGUCAUCAAAACAGAGCCUGAAGAUUCAAGAUAGCUGUGAUCCUCCCCAUCCUUUGGAAGUGGCAUCAGAUUUAGGGAGAAUGCACCACCGUAGAUAUAAGCCUUAAUAACCAACGUUGCCUCAUUCAGCUCAACAGAUUUCAUAGCCAAAGCCUAAGGACUCCUAAAGUAGUUUGUGGAAACAGGAAGACAAAACAGCAGCCACAAAGGAGAGAAUCAAGAGAGUGUUGCCAUUUGCGACACUAGUGAUCACUGGCAUUCCUGUGUAAGUUGUUUUCUGUGGAAGGGCUUACAUCAGUAUGUAAGCUCUCUUUAUUUAAGAAUGUACCAUGUAUCUGUGUAACUUAUAGAAAUGGAAGCUCAAUGUUGAGACUCAUUUGGUCGAAUAGAUGUGGAUCCAGUUUAUUUUACUUGAAAUUUUGUUGUCUACUUUAAUGUAUUUAGCAUAAAUAUUAUUAUAUGUCAAAGAUUGGAAUUUUGUUGUCAUAAAAACGCAAGCUUAAGUGAUAGUUAUUGGCAAGGUGGCAAUGACUAUAGGAAAGUGAACAGCCAAUAUUCAACUUAAGCCAAGGAAAAUACUGUGUACUUCAUACUUGAUACACUUGAUUUUGUUUAAUAGGAAAUGUGUAGAUGUUGUUGGAUGUUGUCAUUUUCACUGGUUUAUCUGCACAAUUCAUAGAUGUUGGAUGAAAGUUUAAAAGGUGAGCAAUAGGUUAGGAAUUAUCUCUUACCCACUUUGCACAGACUGCAUUAUACAGUAGUUACUUGUGGUGUAACAAAGACAGGAGGCUGUUACUUGGACCAAGAAAUUGAAACAAAAAAUAGUCUAAGGUGUAAGAGCCUUGUUGUAAACAUUGAGACUUCAGAAUUUGUUAAAUGUAUUGAAACUCAGCACCUUAACCCUAAAUGGGAUAAAGAUGGUGACGAACAAAGCCUGCAGUUGACAGUCUAUAAAGUAUGUUUGAUACUAAGAAAUUCUGCAUGUGGGGGAGUCAGAGAGACUAGAUAGCCUCACUAGGGAAUGUCUCCCCAGCCGCCAGCAGUGUGGACAGUCCUGUGUCCAGUGUGCAGGCCGAUUCCUGUGGAAGUUGAGUGGACAGCUACAGUCAUUAUUUAUUUUACGACUUCAUUUUUGUACAGCAUUCAAAAUUUUUGAAUGCAGUCUGUUUGUAAAAUUCAUUUUAACUUGAAGGUAUGUUUUUAAUCCUCCCUAUUUAACUAAUGGACAGUGUGCAUGUAUGUAUAUGUGUGUAUAUACACAUGAGGUAUAUGCACAUGCUAAUAAUGUACUGGCAUACUUAUGAGAAUCUCACAUUGGAAUCCAUAAUGGUUUAAAACAAUUCAAUAUCUAGGAUAUACUUUUUCUGCUGGUUUAUGAGAAGAGAUUUGACAGUUUGUACUCCCUACAGACUUACCUAAACACAUACUGUCGACACGUGUGUAUUGACAUGGAGUGUGUCUUUUUGUCUUUUGUUUUGCUUUGAUCAAAACUGUGUAAUGAAUAUUGUCAUAAUCUGUCAUACUGAAAUUUGUCAGCUAAGUGUUAGAUGAAAUGUCUGCACUGUAGAUCACUGUCAUGUGUAAAAUUGCUUUCCCAUCUUAAUUUGUAGAAGAGCUUUACAGUGGAAACACCAGUAAACAACUUUUAUACUAUUAAAAGGCUUUUUCCCCUUCCAACAUGUUAUGAUUGUACCAUAGUAUUUUGCCUACUGGAGAAGUUUCUUAUAGACCUUGCAACUUUGUUGCUGACUUGAGGCCUCUGAUUGUGGUUGUAAUGUUUCACUGUCUGUAGCAGUACCGUGAGUAGGAUUUACAUAGAAUAUUCUGUUCUUAAUAUUAGCCAUAGCACUGGUUAGUAUCUCAGUAGUUUCAUGAAACAUUUCCUGUAUUCUGAUCUAUUUUGAGAAAUUUUUGUGGUCUUUUUUUAAAAUCAUGUCUUACAGUUUAAGUCUGUAGAUUUUAACACUCAAGUUUUAAAGAUGCAGUAAUUGUCCAGUACUUACCUGUCGUUCAUGAACCCAGAACCUGCAUCUUUAAAUCUAUAGGUAGGUUUCCAUAAGUAUCAUACUUUUCUGAUCUCCCAAGCUUAGUGAUAAGGAGGAAGCACAAAAGAAUUUCCGUAGAAUACAGUUUUUAUUUUGUAAACACUAAUGUAUUAAACUUGCUAUACAUUAAAGCAAAUAAUAUAUAUUUUUAUUUGAAUUGUACAUAUGAAUUAGAUGUUACAACUAGUUGAUUUUUAUUUUGUUGUGUUCAAGUUAUUUUCACUGAAUAAGGUCAAUUGGUUACCUCAGUAUUACAACCAAUAUAGUCCAAGGGACCAUUUCUCCCCCAAAUCGGUGUUAACUUUAUUGUAUAAAGUCUGCAUUUUGUGAUUCUUAAAACUGACAGUGAGAUGGGAUGAGUGCACUUGCUUCUUGUGGCAAUAAAGAUUUUCUGUGCCUCCCAAA